AUUCCCUCACCAAGUCUCAUCCUCAAGUCCAUUCUACAAAACAAAACCCUAGAACUCUUCGCCGCUUUUAACCUAACUAAUCAAAACAAACAAUGUCUGAGUCAAACAAGAAAAUUUCAUUGAUAAGCUCCGAGGGCGAGGCUUUCGAGGUGAGUGAAGCGGUUGCGCGUGAGUUCGAGAUCGUAGCGCACAUGCUCGAAGACGGCUGCUCUGGUAGCAGUAUCCCGAUCACAACCGUCGACAGUAAUAUCCUCGGCAAAGUGAUCGAGUAUUGCACGAAACACGUUGAAGUUGGUAAUGUCGAAGGAAACUCGGAGAAGGCUGAGAAGGAUCUCGAAGAGUUCGACAAAAGAUUUAUUGCUGUGGAGAUGAAUACGCUCUUUUCACUCAUCCUCGCAGCUAACUAUCUCAACGUGAAAGGCCUUCUCAACAUUGGUUGCCAGAAGGUUGCAGAUACCAUCAAAGACAUGAAACCAGAGGAGGUUCGCUCUAUUUUUAACAUCGAGAAUGAUUACACUCCUGCAGAAGAGGAAGUUGUUCGCAAGGAGAACGAGUGGGCUUUUCAGCCCUAAUUUUUUCUAGUUUUCUGAAUUUCGGUGUUAUUUGUUUUUGUUUUUUUGAUGACUUGGUUUGUCUCUUUUCUUUACAAUUCGUGAAUCGUUUUUAAUAGUUUUCUCCAAGUAUGCCUUAUUGAGUUAUUCGUUUAUUUAGUUUUAAGAGUUUUGUUCCGUUUAGUUUCAUGGUUAUCAUGUUGAUCACGAAUGCCUUUGAGUUUGAGAUCGUUAGCCAGCGAGGAUGAGUUUUACUUCCGUCUAGUGUCAUGGUUAUGUUGAUCAUCAUUCUUUACUUGGACAGGUAAGAACUCUAAUGAGUCUUGAUAUAUUUCACGACCAAAAAAAUCUUGAGAUCUUCAUUUUUAUAUGUUCAAUAUAUUUCACGACCAAAAAAAAUUUGAGAUCUUCAUGUUUAUGUUCAAUAUAGGCGCCGCCUCCGCUUUUUUUUUGUUUGGGCAAAUGUUUCUAUUUAGGGUUUCUCUACUUCUUAAAACCUUUAGUUUGAAAUUUUAUUUUAAAAUAUUAUUACUUUUUCAAAAUUCACACGCCAUCAGACUAGGAAAAGCUUUAAAUUAUCUAAGCUGAGCUUGUUGCCAUAUGCACGAUGGCAUGUAUCAUCUUGAGUUCGGCGUCGUUUCUUUUGAUGUAAUAAAUUUGAAUUUAAUGCAAGUAAUAGAUCUUGAUCCGCGCAACCGCGCAAAUAUUUUUUUCAAUUUAUAUACAUAGAUAUUUAUUUUAGAUCAUUGGUUAUUUACAUUUUUAACGUUAAUCAUGUAUUUAAAUAUUUAUAUAACUAUUUCAAAUAUAAUAAUUUCAUAGUUUAUAUGCUAUAACUAAUUAAUUGUUUAAAAUCGUCACAUGCAUUUGUCGCUUCUUAUUAUAUAUUUAUUUUAUUGUAUUUGCAUUUAGUUACUGAAAAGAUUAAUGUAUGCAUGAAACAACAUAUCUGAAAAUUAUUUUGUGUUUAAUUUGUACUAAAUUCUGACUCAUCGUCCUUCAAAGCUGGAUUUUCUUUUAGCAAUAUUUUUUACGUUUAUUCAUUUUAGAUAAUAUAUUAUUGUAUAU